AUGGCGCACUUAACAAGUCUCGUUGCUACCUUUAUUCUAAUCAUCGCAUCUGCUAGCUUGGCCAUCGGCCUGACAUACUUGCCAUGCUAUGCGACAAUUUGCUCGGAAGACUACUUCCCUUUUGAGACCCGGCUUCACAUAGCCACAUACUAUGGACUGCUUGUGGUUGGUAGCUGUCUGCUUUUACUCCAGGCUUCAACUCGAUUUGGGCGGUCAUUAUCUCGUUCCCAUUUGUCCCCAGUACUCCCAGUCUUGGGAAAGCGUAUUACAGUCGGCGAUCUUACCAUAUCACUACUGGUCAUUUCUACCACGCUUGCUACAACUUCCGUCUGGCUGCCAGCCCAAGUGAAAUUCUGGGGGGCAAGGACAGAUCCUCUGGAGUGGGACACGGCCAAGAUCCGGCUCACGGUGACUGGUAUUACAGGGCACUAUGCUGAUAUUCUGCUUGGGCUGUUAUUGAUCCCGGUCUCACGGAACAGCUUAGUGGGCCAAUCAUUUGGUGUACACCAAAGCACACUGCUCUCUGCACAUAAACUUAUCGCUUACCUAUUCCUGGCGGCAACCUUGGCUCAUGGAGUGGCAUACGGGCUAUACGCCCUCGAUCCUAGCAGUGAAGGGGACGUGCGCAAAGAGCAAGCCUUUGCUACGGGAAACCCGGCCAUGACACUUGAAGAAAGCGAGAAAAGGAGCUCUUGGUACACGCAAACCACCUACACAGGGGCUGCCACACUUGUAGUCUUGCUUCUCAUUGUGCUGACAGCACUGCCAUUCGUCCGAUGCCGGUUCUAUAACGUCUUUUACUUCAGCCAUGUGAUAAUCAGCAUUCUCAUACUUGUGGGUGCUGGAAUUCACGCCAGUACUGACAUAUACUUGCUGAUACCUGGUCUGGUUCUCUGGACCGUUGAUUGGGCGAUUCGUUUAUUUGGGGGAGAGGCUGGUGGACUUCACAAGACUCAGGUGGUGUCCGUUGAGGAUGCCAGCAACGGCUGGUAUAGAAUCUCCCUCCCAGCGCAGGGCGAUCACAUCGAAAAAUACCGUGCUCUUAUAUCAACAGAGAAGAAAAGUGCCCCGGGCGAUGCUCUCGCGUGUUACUAUCUCAACUUUCCUGCUGUCAAUAAGAUGGAGAAUCACCCCUUCACUGCAGCCAUCCCCGGGUCAAUGUCCUCUGGCCCAGUCUUUCUCUUCCAGCCAGCACAGGGCAAGAACCAAAAGAAGUUGGAUAAAGAAUGGACAUGGAAGCUAGCAGCGCUUACCUCCACGCCCGGAGGCCGGAGUGACUUGCGGGCUCGGAUUGAAGGCCCGUACCGACCGAGUGACACGGGAUACGAGACGGCUUUCCACAUUAUAUGUAUUGUUGGCGGGACUGGCAUCACGGGCGCCUACAGUCUUGCGAUGUGGUGGAUCAAGGCUAGGGGUCUGACCGAUGACAGCAAAUUCACCCUGAUAUGGUCCAUUCGACACGAAGAGAUGGCACAUCUGAAGGAAUGGCAGGAGUUAAAGGCAAUGGCUGAGACAAUUCACUCCUUGAACGUUGUUGAACACAUUAGCUCUCUCAGCGAAAGACUGGACCCAUCCAAAUGUAUCAGGCAAUGCCUUGAGCUUGGCCAAGAGUGUGAAACCAUGCGAAUUGAGGCGCAUAGGUCCUGUGCAGGGAGAGUGGCAUGGGUUUAUAGCUCUGGUCCAGAUGGUUUAAUUAGUGCUACUGAGAGUGCAUGUGUGGCUGCUCGCCAGGAGAUCCAUGACAUCGUCAAAAAUGGAAGGGAACCCGCUGUGCUCGAGUUAGACUGGUAUAUGGCAAAGUGGGAGGUCUAG